GAGGAUACUAGACGGAAAGCUUCUUGGAUCCUGGACACGGGCACACGGGCCGUCGAGUUCGAGAAAGUUUGUGAAAUAUAAUACAAGAAGCCGGUGACUAGCGGAGUGUCGAGUUGGUUCGAGUGUGAUCAGGAAAUCAGAGCGUAGAGGUGCGUGCGCCGUUCGAAUCGGCACGUGGAUGAGUUCAAAGAUCGACGAAGUUACUGCAUCAUAGAGACAGAGUCAACGAUCUUCCUGACUGUUUGAUUGAUCGUUGUGAUCGACAGUGGUAUCCGACAGAUAAUAUCACGCAGUGGAAUAUAAGUGCGAAUCGUCGGUCGUCUGACCACUACGUGCAUAGACUACUACUGUGCGUCGUCGCGAUCGAUCAGCGACCGAGCUUCCGCGGCUUCCUUCCUACCCGGAUCUCUGCGAACUCUUCAGCGAUCGAAGCCUUGGUGCAGCUUGGCUUCGGCUCCAGCGGAGAUUCGAAGACUGUCGAAUAUAUAUAUAUACAUAUGUAUAUAUAUAUGUAUAAAUAUAUGUAUAGAUGUAUAUAUAUUAUCGCGGUGUGAGCGCCACGUGCGGGAGGCACUAAACGCGGCAGGUGCUACGGACAGGUGGUGGGCCGAGUUAAUUGCACGGCAAUAAACAGUAGACAUUCGGCAAGAAAGACUGAUCAACGAGCGAAACUCUGUGUGACGUACGUGCGCGCGGACGGGACGGUGUGCGAAAAGACGGUGUGUGUGUGAGUGCACGAGGAGGAAGAAGCCGCUCGUAUCAUUCCGUUUUCUAACGACCGCGCGUCGCGCCGACGAUGCAAUAAUAAAAGUGACGGCGAUACAAGGACUCGGACUCUAAUAAACUCCUAAUUAUAGCCGCUGGUAAUUGCGACACGCACGUGACCGUCGCCGUUGUGUUCUCCGAGGUGGAAUCGCGCGCGAUAAGCACGCUGCGCCGCGCACAUCGCCUGACAAAUAGAAUAAUUAAAAUCGCAUUAAAGCAACGCUCGUCCGCGCGCUUUGUGUCCGGCUCCGUUCGUCCUCGCGUUACACGGCUAUCUUCGAAGGUGAACUGACACACACACACUCACACACACAGACACGGGCACGGUUCUUUGGCUAGAGUUGAGAAUUUAUCCUGCACGACGACGACGACGACGACUACCAGGACUCUCGAAAAUUGUCUCGGUGUGAAACGUGUUGUUCUUUCCCUGUAAAAAGAUAAUUUUACGUACGAAAAAAAAAAAAAAAAAAAAAAAGGGAAGAAGAAAAGAAAAAAUAGAAGAGGCAUCUGUUCCUUCCGGGACCGGCAGAAACGAUCGAGGGAAUCGAGUCUCGACGUAUUAUCGGGCCGUGAGCAAUUAACUGUUUGCUUCUUAAUCGCUCCUAAUUAGUCACAAUUACCCGGCGUAAUUAAGUAGGCUGAUGUCACCGGCGGUCGAUGUAUUUGUGAAUCGUUUGUCCGUCGACGUCGGUCCACCGUCGCCAUCCGGGCUGUUGCCUGUCGUCGCUGCUCGUUGGAAAAUUACCGGAGGAUCGUGAGAGAAGAGAAAGGCACGAGAGAGGAGACGAGACGAGAACGGCGCGGUCGAGGAAAGUCGCCGAUCGAGACAGAAAAACCGGAGGUACUUGCGGUCGAGUCCGGUUGGUGUUCGAGAAGAGUCGAGAAGAGAAUUUCAUACCCGAGGCAAGCACGGCCAAAUCCGCCAGACUGGGGAAUCACGGCAAGAAGAUUCUCAGUUGGUUCGAGCAGGUGGCAUCGAGCUGAACAAAUAGAGCCAAUCAGUCGAGAGAACCUACGUCAGGACGACGUCCCACGUACAUCAAUCGCAGGUCACCUCAGAUUACGAGUCCCCGGGAUGCAAGGCUGACAUGGCAGAGGGUUCGGCCGAGGAGGAACAGAGCAGUACCGCUGCGCCCGCUUCCCCGCCAGCUGAUCUUCGCACUCUGAACACCCAAUUGUCGCCGCCUUAUCAUCACCAGUCCCAUCUCCAACCUCGUCUUCAGCAUCUGCAGCAUCCCAACAUGUUGGCGACCGCCGUGCCGCCCAGGCACAGCCACAGUAUGCUGUCUCAUCAGGUGAAAACGGAAGCCGAGUUGGACGCGCCCUGCGACGUGCCAUUGAAUCUGAAGAGCGAGGUAAGUCCCCGUGAAUCCUCUAUAUACGUAUACGUCUCUGUAUUUCCUCUCUGUCUCUCCCAUAGCGCUCGCUCUAUGAACUAA